AUGGCGUCCUUCCAUACACCCUUCCUCUUUGUUUUCUUGAUUCCUCUCGCGGGCAUCCUUCUCUUUGUCCAGAGGUAUAGGCGGCAGCGAUCGUUGCGCAAGAUCCCAGGCCCAGCCAGUGCCUCUUGGCUCAGUGGAAACUUCACUUCCUUCUUUGUGCCCGCCGCCAUUCCGUACCAGGACCAGCUCAUAGACACGUAUGGCAAGACCUUCAGGCUCAACGGAUACCUCGGGGACCAAAUGCUUGUGACGUCUGAUCUUGGGGCGCUGUACCAGAUCAUAGUCAAGCAUGUUGACAUCUUUGACACGGCCGAGUUCUUCCUCGAAUUGACGCGUCUUGGGUUCGGAAAGGGCCUUUUGGCUGCGCCAAUGGCUGGCGAUGUUCACAAACGCCAGCGCCGUCUUCUGAAUCCAAGCUUUUCGGCAGCGCAUAUGAAGCGCAUGAUCCCGAUAUUCCAUUCGAUCUCGAAGCAGCUUCGCGAGCUCAUCGCUGCUGAGAUCAAGCGUACAGGGAGCGGGGACACGGAUAUCAUGGAUAUGAUGGGACGUGCCGCACUGGAGCUUAUCGCCCAGGCGGGCCUCGGAUACAGCUUUGGCGCCUUGGAUCAGGGAGACAACAGCUAUAGCUACGCAAUCAAGCGUAUAGUGCCCACCGGCGCGAGGCUCUUCAAGUACCGCCCCAUGCUGCCGUUCUUGACUCGCACGUUCCCACCGUGGCUCCUUCGUGCCGCUGGUAAGCUACUACCGCUGGACGCCCUGCAGCAGCAGUUUAACUUGGUCGACACCAUCACGCUUUCCGCCACGGAGAUAUGGGAGGAGAAGAAGCGCUUGCACGCUCUCGGAGAGAAAGCGAGCAACUCGGAGAUAGGUCAAGGCCGCGACCUUCUCAGCAUCCUACUGAGUGAGAACGACAAGGCCUCUAGUGACGAUCGCUUGCCGGACGACGAGCUUCUCGGACAGAUCAACACCUUCCUGUUUACCGGCACCGACACCACAAGCAACGCAGUCUCGAGGAUCUUGUAUAUGCUGGCUCUGAACCCGGAGGCACAGGAUAGGCUCCGCCAAGAGCUAGUUGAGGCGGGUGCGCCGGACAACCUUGACUACGACGUGCUAGACCGUCUUCCUUAUCUUGAGGCUAUCUGCCGCGAGACUCUUCGCUUGUACGCGCCCGUGCGCUUCAUCCAGAGAGUCGCAAGGAAGGACCAUAUCUUGACCCUCGCUAAGUCCGUUGUAGAUGUGAAUGGCAACAUGGUCUCGGAGAUCUUCGUACCGAAGGGCACCACCGUGUUCUGCAACAUCCCGGCUGUGAAUACCGAUCCGACAAUCUGGGGCGCCGAUGCUAAGAAAUGGAACCCUGAGCGCUGGUUGAAGCCGCUUCCCAGCUCGGUUACUGAGGCGCAUAUUCCCGGAGUCUAUUCCAAUAUGCUGACCUUCGCCGGCGGCAGUCGCUCUUGCAUUGGCUUCAAGUUCUCGCAGCUGGAGAUGAAGGUCAUACUCUCGCAGCUUUUGCCCGCGUUCCGCUUCCAGCCGUCAGAUAAACGUGAAAUUAUGUGGAGAUUUGGUGGCAUUGUCACACCUGCUACUAAAGAGGGUUUUGCGGGGAGCAAACCCGAACUUCCUCUUCGUAUCUCAAUCCUGUAA